GGGGAAACGCAAGAAGUCGUCCAGAAAGCCAGCGGCGGCCAGUGCUGCACGGAGACGGCAGCCGUUGGGUGUGUUCAGUCAUGUCAGCCUCACCCCUGCACUCACUUCCUCUGCCAGACACAACAUUCACAUGUUUAUUCUGUAAUCACGACACGUCUGUGACAGUUAGAAUCGACAGGAAGGCGGGAAUAGCCCAGCUGGUCUGCAGAGUGUGCGAUCAGAGGUAUCAAAGUAAAGUUAAUCACCUUACCGAACCAGUCGACAUUUAUUCGGAGUGGAUAGAUGCUGCUGAUGCAGCACAAAAAGAGAGCCAGGGCCACCGAAGACUAACUGCUUCCUCGAGUAGGCCCGCCCCUGCUGCGCCGCCUUCCAUCGAUAGCGACGAAGAUUGAUCCGAUGAUAGAGGUCAAUUGUAAUCCCCGACACCCUUCCGUUGUAUAACAGAGUCCAUCAGUCGUCUAAUAUCACGUUGAAAUCCCAGUGUUUUGUAGUUACUGCGUGAGACCACU